AUGUCGAACGAGUACACGACGGCUGCAAGAUUGCAACAACAUCAUCUUUCAUCGGGUAGCGCCAACAUGGACAUGUGUGUUUACUCGAAAUUGUUGGAGGGGUCCUCGACAAUUCUGCAGGCAAUCAACGCAUUAACGCCACUGGCCCCGAAGGCAGCAAACAUUGUUGAACGCGAGAUCGUAAAUUUUAUGCGUGCGGCGACGCCCGAGCACCGCGUUCGAUGUAUAUCGCAAAUAACGGGUGCGCUUCGUGAACCAGCAUUCUACAAUCAGCGUCAUAAGAGGGGGUGUGCCACCUUUCUGCAUAAACUUGCGGUACAUUUUGUGUUUCCGCUUCUGUUGCACUCUUCCGUGCGGUAUCUUCACCGAGCCCUUGCCACCCUUGUCCGCACGGUGUACGUCGUGAGUGAGGAUCUUGAGUUGUGUUUUCAAGAGGCAUUUGUUACCGCGCACAUAAAGCCUUGGUUUCGCGACGGGUGCCGCCCUAGUUUGUUGCAGCAUCUUGACUCCACCGAACUGUCCCUGUUGAAGGAUCCCAUUAUGAACUGGGUAAACUGCAUAGAUGGCACAAUGUGUGUUGCCGUUCCGCUCUUUCCAGCAGUGUUUGCUAACACAUUUUUCGACGUUGUUCCGCUUCUGGGCGACAGCCUGCAGUGGAUGGUAGACAAUGCCUGCGCUGGAUGUUCCCAGUCAGAAUGUGGGAAAGGCAACAGCGGCAUGCUUCUGGGCGAAGAUUUGUCGUAUGUCCGCUAUGGCAUCCGUGUUGUAACGACAUAUGUUCAUAAAUUUCUUCAUCUUCUAGGUGAUGUCCUGCAUGAAGGGGAGGAACAAAAGAUGGCUGAGGUGCAGGAGGAUAUAUGCAAACUUUUCUCUUCUUCCUUGAGGAUGCUUUCAUCGGCAGUAUUUCCAAAAGAUGUUCUUAACGGUGCUGGACUCCUUGUAUCCUCGCUUUUGACAAUCCGCACGUGCGACGCAUCGUUUUUACUUGAGAUCUGUCGCUACUGCGGCGCCAGUGAAGUCCGUAAGGAGUCGAACUUCACUUCGGUUGCUGACGACGAUGGUUGUAGCAAACGAUGGACGGAAGAGUACGUUAGGGAGUUUGUGCAACUUGUGUGUUCCAGUGACCCUCAGCAUGAGAUAUUGCAACGCUCCUUUUCACGAGACUCGUUGCGCCGAAUAUUCUAUUCGUUCACUGCAAAUGGUCGUUUCGCCUUGAUGAAGGGUUUACUUGCGCAUUUAUCGACCCCUCUGCGCGGUAACAUUGGUUCUGUUGGUGUGCUGCUGAAACCUGUUGUCCCUUUAUUGGACAAUCUCAGUUCCUAUGCCGCCAGUGGGCGGCCCUUGGUUGCGGUGUACGACGUCAUAAUUCCAGCUGCUAUUUCUUAUUGCUCCGCCCUCCAUGUCCCAGACACGCGCUUCAUGGCCAUUCAAACUAUAGAUUCUGUUGUUCGACACCUUUCUUCUGUGUUUACAUGCAUUGCUGACCUACUCGAAACCACGCUUGAAGAAAGCGUCGUCGAAGGCACGACGCGUGUAGUGAAGAGGGGCGUGCAGCGUGCUGGCGGAGUUGGGUUACUGACUGAAACUGAUCGCAAGGCACUAAGCGCACUGUGCGCAAAUACUUCUGGACUUAUGCGAGCGCUAAGCGAAGCAACAGAGGUAAUCAUGGGGAUGUGGGACGACAGUACACAGCAUGUGGCCGGGCCGCUAUAUGGAGCAUACAGCGAAAUACUUGCUGUCCAUUCCUCUGUUAGACGUUGCAACACCCUUUUGUCGCAAGGUUCUGGUGCACCAAACCAGGAAGUCGAUGCACUGGAUGUUGCGGAGACCCUACAUGUAAUUCUGCCAAUACCCAAUGAAAGGAGAGGUAAGUACCACGCACUUUUGGCCCUUCUUGACGUUGUGCAGGUACCUCAGUUUCUCUUGGAGCUGCGUCAACAUCGUGCUAAAUGCAGCAAAGAAGGCGCUGCUGAUUAUUGUUCUGCAGUGACGCCCGAUGAUGUUUCAGAAGUUGAUGCGCUCUGCGAAUUCAGCAGAAUGCUUCUUGGUGGCGCAAUAAAUCCCAAGGUAGGGAGCGCUGCUGGUGAAGUUUUUGCGAAAACGGCCAAUUAUAUUCGUCUUUCGAGCGGUACUGAAACAGAAACUGAAAAACUGUUUUUUGGGGGUGUCAUUGAGCCGUUGUUAAAGUCAAUUGUGGUUCCCGGAUAUUGUGCACCUUUGCACGUCGAAGAUGCGACACGUAUCUCAAACAUUGUGACACACAUGAUCUCUCCGUGUCUGAAACGUGACGAGUCAUACCUCCCAACCCUGUUGUCGCGUUUAGCAACGAUGGUCGAAAGCGGGGAUUGCUAUUUCCGGCUGGGUCAAAGUAUUGUUGAAAUUUUACACCGUGCUCGUGUUGCUGGCAGGGAUGUGAGCACUUAUAUUCAUCCCAGAAGUCGCCUUUUCAAGGUUGUCCUCUCGAGUCUACAAUCACAUUCAAGCGAACUUCGUUAUACCGCAUUGGGUCUGUGCGUGCUCACCAUGAAGAAGGCCGAGCCUGUGCAUUACUGGCAGUGUCGCCUCAUGGAAUGGUACAUUAGUACUAAUAUGCACUCGGGAGGUGAUUCGGCGGCCAUGCGAAACCUUUUAGAAGUAUACAAAAAAUGGGCUCAGCGGCUGGUUGACAGUUGUGCGAGCAAGUGCAGCAAUCGUCGCAGGAAGGCAGAAGGGAACGAAACGAGCGAUCAGUAUAGAGAUCUUGUCACCAAACACUUCGUUCGAACCGUGUCGUACAUUGCACCGCACAUUGGUGAGUCUGUAGAGUGGUGCCGCAAUCUUUCGCUUGAACGACGCGUGACAGCGAUGAUGAUAUACUCAUGCCUCCUCCGAAACUCCACUGAGGUUUUCACAGAUACACAACUUCACGAACUUCAGGAGCAGUUACUUCCCGAAACCCUUGUCGAAGGUUUGCUAGAGUGUCUGUCAUCAGGUUGGGUGAAAGCACGCGAGUGUGCGUUUGGCAUCCUUCAAACGUAUUGCAAGUAUGCUGCCAGCGCUGUAUUUUCUGAGCGCCGCUUGGGUAACCCGGUGGCGGCUAGUGAUGCGAAGGCAGGGCUUUCCCAUGCUCGCACGUACAAAAAGGCGGAAGGUGAGGUGUUGCGAUAUGUAUUGGCCACAUAUUUCACACCCGCUGCUAGGAAAGCGGCAUCCGAGGACCCACAAAGAGAGUGCAAACGGCGGCUGGAAUUAGUAAAACUCGAGAUUGCUGCACUUCACGGCAAAUUUGUCGGACUAUGCCAAUUGGGUACUAAGAAGGCAUACCAACUUGUCAAACUUCAUCCAUUUCACGGUUCUCUUUCGCUUUGUGCAGCAUUGCUAUCAAAUGUCAAGGAGGUAUGUACCACUGCUGACGGACUGCAAGAGUCGUGUAACCAGAUGCUUCUGUGCUGCAAUCAGGCUCUACAGAAUUGUUCCCUACUUGUUGGGGGGGAGGCCAGCGGCUCUGCAAAUGAAGGUGAUGUGGACGUGGACUGUCGCGGGCACGCAUUCGACAAAGGGAACCCUUGCGAGGAGGCGAGUAUGCGUGCAGUUGUGAACAACACAUGGCUCUGUAUCCGCACAGCCGCCGCCGCAGUUGAGCGUGUCGUGGCUCUUGUCAGCAUUGACAGUCUCGACUUCAAGGUUGUUCGUGGGGUGUGUUACGUGCUCGUGGAGUCUCUCCUUCGGACUAAGCACAAUGGUGUGAUGCGUGCGGUGCGUGGAGCACUGAAAACGAUUGCUGCUGCUCUUCUUCGCUCGCGGGAUGUAACCUGCCAUACUCUCCCUUCUGAGAUUCUGGAGUUUCUGUUGGGACCAGAUGGCGUCACCUCCGUAAGUGUAGCGCGCAUGCUGCGGCGCAGCCAAGGGUUGCCACAUGCCCUGCUUGCUGUGCUUGAGGCGGAAGACAUAGGCGUUCCUGCUACCCUCUUUCCCCAAGCUAUGAAGAGGCUUCUUCAUGUGGCAACCAAUGCACAUAGCAACGAGGGCGGCCCAGAUUUGUGCCCCCCAAACGGUAAUGAUGAGCGGCGGACGCCCGAAGCUGAUGGGGAGAUUCGUCGUAGCCAGCGUUCAAACGCUCUGAACGUUUUGAAGUUUAUAUUUGAAAACAAAUCAUUUGCAUCGCGCUCCGUGUCACACCUUGAAGAUGCAUUUUGGAUAGCGGCGUCCGGGUUCGAUGAUCCCAGUUGGGGCAUACGGAACAGCUCACUGAUGCUCUUUUCAGCUGUACUUCCCCGUUUCGUUGGCGAGCAUCCCUCUACCGGUGGUGUAGGAGUGAACACCUCUCUCCACGACAUUGCUAUUCGUGCUCCCCGCGCAGUGGCCUUUGCGUACGAGGAGUUGGUUAAGAGCUUCACGAACCCCUCACCGAGCUUGGGAGUGUUUCCACUUCUGCAGAUGCUUUCUAUGCUAGCUCCCGAUCCCCCCCAUGUUAUCACAAAGGCAACUACGGUAAACCUGGAGGGAGAGGAACAAGAGCAACCUGACUCACAGCGCAUCGUGAAUGCAGUGGUACGCUGUGGUUCUUCAAGGAAUCUCAUGAUUCGUGCUGCCUGCAGUGUCGCACUGACAUCGCUUGUGCCACCGACUAACCUUGAGGGAUUGUUUGCAGAGUUUUGUUCAGCGCUAUCUGCAUCACGAACCGCAGCGAACGCCUUACACGGCGUGUUGCUGCACCUUCAGCAGUUUCAUACUUUCUACGUUGGAACGCUUCGUCGUCACGUGAAACCAAGGGCACUGAGCAGCAGUGUGACACCCACUGUGCAACUGCUUGUUAGCCGCCUUACUGUAGAGGGCCUUACUAUUUCUCAGGGGAAUUCUGCGCAGGAACCGGUGCUGUCACGGGCUUGUGUCCGCUGUCCAACAAUAGCCGCCACCUUCUUUAGUGUCGCAUCUGAUGCACUAUACCAUGCAACAGUUGGUAUGAAGGGCAUUGAAAAAAAAGAUAUCACCGAUUCCGUCCGGUCGCUGGUGAACAUUGGUGUUUCGACGCUACACUCUAUACUGUGUACCGCCACCCCGCUGUACAGCCUUUCGCGCGCCUACCAUGCGGCUGUUGUGGAAAAUAUCACCCUUUUUGCACUGCUCGCUGUGCAUUAUCUGUCGGAUAUCACCACCCAUCAUGGAACACAUGACGCAUUAUGGGUUGCGUUGCGCGAUGUUUUCGCUUGCGAUGCGAGCAAAAUAAUCAUGUCUCAUACCAUGAACCACAUAAGCUACCUAAUGUCGAAGAAUUGGUGGUCGAGUGAGAUAUCGGUUGGCGUUGUGAAGCAAUUUGCUGUACGUAUGAAGUGCGAUCUUGUACACGCGGCUUUAACGAUGUUGCGGGAGAGCCUUGGCGACGACAGACAUGUGAAAGGUCUGUCGUGCUUGGAGCUGUUACGUAUGCAGUCUCAGUUGGAGUUUGUUGUUACCAUGAGUAAGGAGGGGCUCAUGUGUCUAGAGGCGCACAGUGAAUUAUUUGACGCAGUAGAGGACCUACUUCUACGGCGCAUGGACCCCAGUGCUAAGCAUUUUCUGCGCAAUGCAGAUGUGCAUAGUUGGGCUAUUCGCUUUCUUGGUCUCCGUUGUACUUGUCAUAUGCCACACAACAAAGCCGUCUUGGAGAUCAUUACACAUUACUGUCUUCCCACAGUGAAUGUACAGACGCGAUUAGCGGUAGUGGAUUCACUGAAUGAUAGUUUCUUGGCGGGUGUCGUAACAAGCCCCGCUGCCGCCGCUACUACUUCUACAUUUACUAAGCAGCGAUCUGUUUACCUCCUUGUUUUGCUUCAGCUCCUGUUCGACGACGCCUAUGAUGUGCGCACUGCUGCUUGCCGUGUCGUCUCACGUCUCGUAUUGGCGGCGGCUUUGCCACUUGACCACACAAGUUGUGUGAUCGCUCUCGUGUCGCUUCUUCGCUCGUAUUGUUCCACUGGGGAGUUGUCACCGGUGAUGGUAAAGCAACAUCUUCUAAAGAAUACGGAAUGCUGUCUUUCCGGCUCUGCAAAUAAGGAUACGUGUGGUGACGAUGAUGAUGAAGGGAGUGAUGAAGAAGGCGUGCUCUUCGAAAAGGAGGCGGAUAACAUGUUUGCCGAGGGUUCGUUGCUUGCCUUUCUUGCAACCGUAAUUACACGGGAGGGGGCUGACUGCGUGCCGGUUUUUUCGGUGUACACUGAACUAGUGAACGUUUCGGAACGGUGCGGUAACCCGGCGGUCAUGUACGGUGCGCUGCUGGAUGAGCCGUCGCCAUGUGGCGCCUGA